CACUGUCUGCUCCCUGCACCUCUUCACAUCAGAGAGGAAAGCCCACCAUCACCUCCUUCUGAGCAUUAAUCCAGUGCUGCUGAAGCAGACUAAGGAAAAAAGGAAGAUGAUUUCCAUCACUUGCCUGGCAUUGCUCUACCUGAGCCUUGCCAACAUCGCAUAUACAGCAGAGGGUCGCAUGCAGAUCUUUGCCAGUCCAGGCGACAACGUCACCAUGCCUUGUCAACUGAAACCUUCCUCCAGCUUCUCUUUUAAUGGAAACCGAAUUAAAUGGACCAAGAUUGAGGGUGACGACGACAUUGACAUCUUGCUUUCUAUGGGGUCCCACAACAUUAAAUACGGAAAGUACGAGAAUCGUGCUCACCUGAAAAAUAUUCAUGAAAAUGACGCCACCUUGGUUAUAUAUAACGUGGACCUGGACGACUUUGGCAUCUACAAGUGUGAGAUCAUAAACGGCAUGGACGACUUGAUUGUGGAGUUGGAGCUUCGGAUGAUUGGUGUCGUCUUCCCGUACUCGCCACGCCUGGGCCGUUACAACUUGAACUUUCACGACGCCGAGGCGGCGUGCUCGGAGCAGGAAGCUGUGGUCGCCUCGUUCGAGCAGCUCUACCAGGCCUGGAAAGGAGGGCUUGAUUGGUGCAACGCCGGAUGGCUGAGCGAUGGGACCGUGCAGUACCCCAUCACCAAACCCAGAGAGCCGUGCGGAGGAUCUAACACUCAAGCCGGGCUCAGGAACUACGGACGGCGCGACAAGUCCAACAGCCGCUUCGACGUCUUCUGCUUCACAGCUGGGUUGAAUGGGAAUAUCACCUUUGUGAACGAGAAGCUGACCCUCCCCGAGGCUGAGCAGGCCUGCCAGAACGAAGGAGCCGUGCUAGCGAAGGUGGGCCAAAUGUUCGCAGCCUGGAAGCUGAAAGGCUACGACCGCUGCGACGCCGGCUGGCUGGCCGACGGUAGCGUCAGGUACCCCAUCUCCAAGCCGAGGAUGAAGUGUAGCCUGACGGAGUCGGCCGUCCGCUUCGUCGGGUUCCCCGAGAAGAAGCACAAGCUCUACGGUGCCUACUGCUACAAAGCCUAGCCAGGAUAUACCACAUCUAUUCGAAGGCUCUCAUGCCGACCAAAGCCAAAAAAGAUGGAACACACGAGCAAAGUUAGUUAUCGUGAGCUAGCGUUAAAACUGUGAUUGCACGUUUCAAAUGAAAUACAGACAACUUCUGUUUUAUUAUAUAUCAUUCCACAUAUACGAUGCAAUUUGUACAAACGUUAUUCAGUUCCUAACAUUCUUUUUUCAGUUUUCAGUAUGUUUAAUGAAAUUAUCUGAAGAAAUGUGCUCUUUUAUAAGCUAAAAAAAGCUGAAAAGCAAAAAAACUAUGAUUGACACAUCUGACAUUAUUAAUCAGAGCAAUGACCAUUAUAACUUUUACAUCUUCGCUUUCAUCUAUCCGCCGACUAUUUUCUUAAAAUAUACACUGAUCAGCCAUAACAUUAAAACCACCUCCUUGUUUCUACACUCACUGUCCAUUUUAUCUAGCUACAAUUACUGACUGUAGUCCAUCUGUUCCUCUGCAUGCUUUGUUAGCCCCCUUUCAUGCUGUUCUUCAAUGGUCAGGACCCCCAAAGGACCACUACAGAGCACGUAUUACUUGGGUGGAUCAUUCAGAGCACUGCAGUGACACUGACAUGGUGGUGGUGUGUUAGUGUGUGUUGUGCUGGUAUGAGUGGAUAAAACACCUCAGUGUCACUGCUGGAAUGAGAAUACUCCACCAACCAAAAAUAUCCAGCCAACAGCGCCCCGUGGGCAGCGUCCUGUGACCACUGAUGGUGGUCUAGAAGAUGACCAACUCAAACAGCAGCAAUAUAUGAGCGAUCGUCUCUGACUUUACAUCUAGAAGGUGGACCAACUAGGUUGGAGUGUCUAAUAGAGCGCUGCUGUGUCUGAUCCACUCAUACCAGCACAACACACACUAACACACCACCAUCAUCAUGUCAGUGUCACUGCAGUGCUGAGAAUGAUCCGCCACCUAAAUGAUACCUGCUCUGUGGGGGUCCUGUAAUUGUAGAACUACAAAGUGCUCCUAAAUGGUAAGUGGAGCUGAUAAAAUGGACAGUGUGUGUACAAACAAGGAGGUGGUUUUAAUGUUAUGGCUGAUCAGUGUAUAUGAGCCUGCAUUCUUUUAUUUUAAUAGAACACUUCCUAAUAAACAUUUGCACUCUAAAGGUACGAGCAAAAUACUGCGUUCAAUAUCAACCCUAUCAGGCUUGAAUGGACUCAUUUGCCACUAAAAUCCAGAUGUGAUAUUAUAUCCAUUCAUGUUGUUUUUUAUGUGAUGCCAAUGCCUAUUCUUCCAGUUCUCACUCCAAUCCCAUAUUUUUCUUUUUUUACCACAAUUAUCAACUGACUUUUCUGUAAAUGUUCAUCUAUAAUGCAGUGUAUUUUUUAAACAAACUUCCAAAUGGAAAAUAAAAACCUCAUAAAAACAGAA